AUGUCCGAGAGCAUAGUCCAACCAUUGACCCAAGGACAAGCCUCCAGUGCAAUUGCACUGGUUAUCACUGGGCUUGUUUCAUUACUCGCGGCUAUAUGUGUUCUCCUCCCUGUACUUUGGGAGGGUGCGAGGUCCAUGCUGUUCAAGUCCGCUUCUCAGGACCGGACGAAAGUAUGGAUGUUCUUUUCUACGCCCCUGGGAUGGUAUACCGCCUCGCUCCUCAUUGGCACAGCAAUAACUGAUGUCCACGGGCUGCUGGAAACCAAAUGGAUUUCGGCGAAAGCCAUCUCACGAGGCUUGUCGAACUGUCAGACCCAAGCUGCGUUCGAGCAGAUAGGGACUUUCGCUACAUCAUAUUUCACCGUCUGCAUUGCUAUUCACGGGUUCAACAGCCUUGUUUUGAGGAAGCGCUUUCCGGUUUGGGCCAGCGUGAUAUAUACAUUGCUAGGAUGGGCAUCCUCCAUCAUUACAGGGCUGGUGGUGCCGAUGCUCAAUCGGCCCGGGUCUGGUCUGGUCUAUGGUGAUAAUGGCUACGCAUGCAGCAUCACUAGGGAGUACCCCCUUCUGGAAUUUGUCUUCCAACUCCUGCCCAUCAUCGCCACCGCCUUGGUAUCCGCGGUCCUCUAUGCAGUGAUGUUCCUUGUGCUACGAGGAACCAUUCAGGUGAAGGGUGGUAUAUCGCUCAACCUCGAUCCGAAUAUCAGAUGGACAGGGAUUGGAACAGAUUCCGCAGAAUAUCAGCGAUUCAUUGGAGCCAUCGUGCGCAGUAUGAUCUUAUAUCCUUUUGCAUACACACUGCUCAUGAUGCCUCUGUGCUUCGUGCGACUGAUAACUAUGUCGAAGAAUCCUGUGUCAUUCGGUGCGGGCAUAUUUGCGAGUUCAUGCCGCUUACUGCUGGGCCUCGUGGACGCUUUGAUCGUUUACAAGAUUUUGCGUGUUCUGCGUCCUGUGAUCGAUGCUUCGAACGUUCGCAGAUACGAGUCUCAAGAGAGCUUUUCCGCUCCAGAGUUGAAGCCCUCUCCAGUGGAGCCUGCUCAGCGACCCCCGAUAACACCGGCUAGGGCAUUCCCUCCGCCACGAAAGAGUGCCGACGGAAGGCCCACCCCAUCAAUCCGUACUAUGCCAAGCACGGUGUCUCUAAAUGGCUCAGAUACUGGAUCGACGUAUCCUUUACUUCCCGAGCGACCGUUUAUGCAUGCGCAUACCCGUAGCACUUCGAGUGGGCUUAGCAGCGUCACCGGGGCUAUAUCUCGUCCUAUUACGCCAGUCUCGGAACUUAACAGAGCACUCGCCGGCCCUUCGCCCAUAGCGAGGCCUGAGGCCAUGAAAUCUGCCAGCGCUACUCCGUACACAAUCUCUCGUUAUCCGACCCUAGCCAUCAAGAAGUCUUCCGAGUCCCUUGGUCUACCCCCACCUCCACGACCGAGCCGGUCACCCGUAACCCGCAAGCCCCCGCCUAUCUUCACUCCAGAGCCUGAUGCGGGCGCUGAUGAUAAUACCGCGACCAAAUCCGCGAUCCAGCAAGGGCCGCUCCAGUGGACAUCCGGGUACGUGGACAAGUCGCAGGACCCUCCUGCAAUGUCCCUUAACGCUGCCAGGAUCGAUUUCUCCUCCCGACCGUCCGUCAGCGCCGUCACAGCUCCGGCUGAGACGAUAGCUGAUAAUCGUACUCAGUCAAGCGAUACCGAUGCUGGCCGCCUUCCCGUUGACAAUGAAGGCAAGUUGUCAUCAGUGGCAUGGGCAACCCUUGUAGCCAACGCUGCCACAAAGGACGUAGGAGGAAUGACUCUAUCCUCUCUGGGAAAUGACAGAAGAGAUCCGGAUGUGCCGCUUGAUGUGUCUCCUCCAGUACCUUUUGUACUGCGGCCGGGUACACCUUCCUUCGCCAACCCGGAUUUCAGUUUCCCUAGCUUUGGCCAGGGUGGUCGUGACCGUCAGGCUAGCACGAGUAGCUCGUCUAGCAGCAGCAUCGGAGGUCGGACGAUGACACCAGAACCCAGGUUACAUCCCGAGCUAAGGGAGACGCAGCGUGACGCGCUGGCUGACGCCGAGAGCCCAACGUUCGAAGCGGUCAUUCUAACGGAUCCUGGCAUUAUGGCAGUGCCAGUCUCGUACUAG